UGUCGACCCGUGGCUAAUCAGACAUAUCGCUUCCUCUCCUCAGGAAAUAAAUUCUGGCUCUUCAGGGAGGCUAAUCUGGAACCCGGCUAUCCACAGGAGCUGACAGAUUACGGUCGGGAGAUUCCGUACGACAGAAUAGACGCAGCCAUCUGGUGGGAACCUUCCGGCUACACGUACUUGUUUCAAGGAGACUGGUACUGGCGUUUCAACGAGCAGUCGCGCUCAGCAGACAGAGGUUACCCCAAACAGAUCAGCGUCUGGGGGUCGUCAGUGCCGUCCGGUCCUAAAGGGGCGUUCCUCAGUGAUGACGGAGCUUACACCUUCUUCUACAAAGGUUCCAAAUACUGGAAGUUUGACAACCACCGUAUGAAGAGUGAACCAGGUUUCCCCAAGUCCAUACUCCGAGACUUCAUGGGCUGUAGUGUGGACCUGGACCUGGACCCGGACAGAGACACGGACACAGACCCUGAGCGCAAAUACCCGGACGUCAACCGUCCGCCGUUCAACCCGGAUGCAGGACGCGACGGCGACCAGGGCAAGGAUGGCGGGGGCGGAGCUGACAAGGACACGGGCAAAGGCUCGGAUGGCAACGAAGAUGAAGACUACCGGGAGGGACGGGAGGAGGACACCAACGAGGUGGACGUGGUGCUGAAGGUGGACGACAGCGAGGAGCGGACCAUGAACAUCCUGAUGGUGACCAUCCCGCUGGUCCUGCUGCUGUGCAUCCUGGGACUGAUCUACGCCAUCAUCAACACGCUGCAGAGCAAAGGGGCGCCACGGCUGCUGGUGCACUGCAAGCGCUCGCUGCAGGACUGGGUCUGACCCUGGACACCAGGAGAACCCGAACUGAGAACCUGAACUGGUCCUGAGAACCCGCUGAUCCUCUGAUUCACAUGCGUCUCCUCCGCUGAUCCAUCCGUCUCCGGCUCUGUGCUCGGCAAACUCUUGUGGUAGUAGAUCCAUGCAGAUGCUGCACACACACACACACACACAGCACACACACACAUACACACACGCGCCACACAC